AUGGCAUUCUCUAAAGGAAAAUCUAUUCUCCUUAAUGAUUCAUUUAAAUUAGCUAAGUAUUUAUCUCUAUGUCAAUCCACUCCUGUAACUUAUCAAGGCAUCAAAUAAUCAUUAGGAUAUUCAAGUAUACUCAAUGCGUAAUUCAAUUUCAUUUAAUUUAAUACAUCCAUUUUCCCAUCAUUUGUUUCUCUAAUCACCAGGGAUCUUAAGCACUUGGAAUAACAAGAGUUUAACCAAUUUUUAUAGUCAAUAAAUAAUUAUCUGUAAGUAAGUCAAUUCAAUUAAGAAUAUGAUUUAAAGAUUUAUCAAUCUAUUGUAUAAUCAAUCUUACUACAAGCUAAUUAUGUCUAAAAAGCUCUCAUGUUUUUUCAUAUGAAAUAUUAUUACUCAAAAUAAUCAAAUCAAGAAUAUAAUUCAAUUAAUGAAAAUUUUAAAAACUAACUUCUCAAAUUAAAACCUUAAACUUUAGAAGAAUAAAUAUGGAAACUCUUUAUCGAAUUAAUUGAUUUAUAAUCUUCCUAAAAAAUUCCAAACAACAAUAAAUUAAUUUAAUCUGAAACUAAAAUCAUGGAUGAAUUUACUAAAUCAAUUGAAGCCAUCUCUGUUUAAACAUAACAGUUUUCUCUUGUUAGUAAAUUAAUCAUUUUGAUUAUCAAUGCUAAAUUAAAAAAAUAUGUAAAAAAAACGUUAAAUAUUUAGAUGUAAAAUUAUGAUGAUAAAACAAUUCAACUAAUGUUAUUGGUAUAUAAAAUUUGUUAGAAUGAUUUAGAUCUAAAUCUGUCCUAACUUAACUUUUAUGAAUUAUACAAUUACAUGGAAACACUUUAAGAAAAUUAAGAUGUACUAAUUUAAAUUAGUUGGGAUAUAAUUAUUAAUAAUCUACUAGAUAGAAAUUUAAAUGAAAUACCAAUCAUAGAUAUUAUUGCACUAUUGCAAUUUUUAAUUCAACUAAAGAAGUUAACCAAACCACUUGGAAAUUAUUUGAUUUAGUAAUAAAUAUAAUAUCAAUUUAGAUAUCUAUACUAAAACCUUAAUCUUAUAGACAGUAAAUAUUUUCCAAAGAUUUAUCAAAUAUUAUCUGUUGUAGACACUGAAUAUUCAGAUAAGUUUUUAUAAAAACUAAAUUAAAAAAUCAAUCCAAAAUUGUUAAAAGUUUCUGAUAUUUCAAUUAUUUUGACGAUUUUAACCUAAUUAAAUAAAAUUGAGAAAGAAAUUUUGGAGAAAUUCUUGAUAAGCCUAAAGAGUAAAUUAAAGGAUAUUUAGGCAGAAAAUGGUUUUGGAAUAUUGUUUGCGAUUAAUUCUCUUUAAUUAUAAAAUUCUUAAAUAUUUUAAUAAAUAAAUACCAUAAAAAUUAAAGAUGAUUAGGAAAUACCAUUAUAAAUAUAAAUUUUACAAUAUUAUUAACUUCAUGAUCCAAAGAAUUAAAAGGUUUAAGUAUUUUAAAAAAAUUUAUUAAAAUCCCUUCAAAAAGAGUAUAAUGAAUUAUAUUUAGAAAUGUUUGUUUAAGUUCUUGUAAAUGCAAAUUAAUAAACUAAAAAAACGAUAACAAUUAUACCUGAGCUCAAACAUUAUGUAGCAAAAUAUUUAUAAAAACUGAAAAAUUCUGACGAACAAGUUUAGUUAGAAAUCAGACAUUUUUUGACUUUUUAAUAUAAUAUUAAAUGA